AUGGAAGAGUCUAAAUUGAGGGGAAGAGAAAAUUUUACUGAACUAAAAGUUGAUACUAAAAAAUAGCUCCUAUGACGUUGAUUCAACAUAAAUUAUAUAUUUUAUUAAAAAUAAGACGAUUUCUUAGAUCAACUUGCGUAUUUAGAUUCAAUUAGCAUAUUUUAGAUCCUUCAGUAGACUUGUGGGAAGAAAUUCGCCCAGCAAGAAAACACCCUGCAAGGAGGAGCUAUCAUUCAGCUUCAGUAUGGCAAAACCGAAUGUUCAUUUAUGGAGGCCAAGACUUAAGGGAAGGCCCUCAGAGAGGCUUUUGGGAACUCCAUUUGACAACGUCUAGAUGGGAUGAAGACAAUUGAGAAGAAUUGCCUACAGAAGGUCAAGGUCCUCUAUGCAGACAUUCAGCUAUUGUAAACGAUGAUAAUAUGUAUAUUUUUGGUGGUAGUGAUGGGAUAACUGAAUACAACACCACAUUGAUUUAUAACUUUGCGAAUCGCUCAUGGUCACGAAUUAAUCCAGAGCGUCCAACUUGUCCUCCACCUCUUGAUUCUCAUACAGCUGCUUUAUAUGAUGAUGGUGCAAACUGCUAUAUGGUUGUGUUUGGCGGAUAUGUGUCCGGAGACAGAUCGAAUGAAACUUAUGUGCUUAAUUUGAAUGCAGCUAAGUGAAGGCAAGUUCCUUUGUCGUCUCCAGCUCCUGAAGCUAGGGCCAAUCAUGCUUGUGCUGUAUAUGGGGAUUACUUUUAUAGUUUAAAUAAUAAUUAUAAACAUUAAAUUUAUAAGAAUAUAAAGAAUGGGAUGUAUUAAUUUAUGUAUAGGCCCACGGAAAAGUAUAUAUUUUUGGUGGAUCAAAUGAUGAAGGAGAAAAACUCAAUGAUAUAUGAAAAUUAAAUCUGAAAACUGAUACAUGGGAGCAGAUUAAUGCCCAAGGUGAUAUUCCUUCAGGAAGAUCAGGACAUUCUGCAGUUGUAUUUAAAGAAUUCUUAAUAAUUUUCGGAGGAAUGAAAGAUAUAACAAGAGAAACCAAUGAAAUGUUUUCGUUUAGUUUUGAAAGGAACCUUUGGGCUUGCUUUCAAGAGGAGCAUCAAGUAAAAGACCCUGUGACUGCAGAACAGCUUGAAGAAUACAAAAAAUCAAAAGCAAGCCCAACUAUGCCAAGACCUAAAAAUGAAUGUAAUAGUCCAACAAGAAGUCCAAUAAAAAGAACAACAACGAAUACCUCUCCUCAUGGAGAAAGCUCGCCUAGUAGACGAAAAACUUUAUAUGAUGGCCCUGCAACCCCAAUUUCAGGGCGUAUCAGAGGUAAUGCUCCACAUGCUCGUGAUGGCCAUUCUGCUGUAAUAUUGGGCAACACUAUGAUGAUUUUUGGGGGAGAUAGACAUCAAAUGCCUUUUAAUGACGUUUAUGCAUAUACACUAGUAGAAAAUGUAGUAGCAGCUCCAGUUUUAAAUAAUUUAAUCAAUUAA